UGAAAACCUUUAAGUACUCUCGUACUUAUAUUUCCCCCUACUUUCCUUUUUCCCUUUUCCCUCUCGUUGUCAUAUCUGUGUUGCUACAUCAAAUGGUUCCCACAGUUUCAACGUCAAACCCAUAAUUAUCAGGCCUCUCCAAUAAAAACCUCCUCUCUCUCUCUCUCUCUCUCUCUCUCUCUCAAAUGUCCAUAAACGACCUGUCUUCGGACCUUCCAGAAACACUCUGGUGGACUCAACUUCGGCAGCAGCAACCCGGCAUGGAGCCAAUCCCAAAUCAACCUUCAUCUUCUUCAAACACCGACCCUUCUUGGACCCCCCAACUCUACCAGCAACACCGGGCCUGGCUUAAGUCGACGACAACCUCAACCACCCCCAUCGGCUUCCACCUGAAACGCGACGACAACGACGAAGAACUCGACGACCAAAUCCCGGAAAACCCCUCACACCAAGAAGUAAUCCUAGAACAAGAAGAAGAACAACAACAACCAGCUCAUAAAACCGAGAAAGAACCCAUGUUUGAAAAGUCAUUGACCCCUAGCGACGUCGGCAAGCUCAACCGCCUCGUCAUCCCGAAACAACACGCCGAAAAGUAUUUCCCUCUCAGCGGCGAAUCGGGCUUGUUGCUGAGCUUCGAGGACGAGUCCAGCAAGUGCUGGCGCUUCCGGUACUCGUAUUGGAAUAGUAGCCAGAGUUAUGUGCUAACCAAAGGGUGGAGCCGCUACGUGAAGGAGAAACGCCUCGACGCCGGAGACGUCGUUUUGUUCGAGCGCCACCGGACUGACGGCGAGCGUUUGUUUAUAGGGUGGAGGCGGCGUGGGGCAGAGGCGCAAGUUAGCAGUGGAGGCCAUGGGAUAUUGGCGGCACAGCACAGUAAUAGCAGCAGAAGUGGGCCGGGGUGGACAAGAUCAGUGUUCUAUUCUGCGCACCCUUAUCCUACGCAUCAUCAUCAUAAUCCCCUCCCAUAUCCACCUGACUGUCUUCAUGCAGGGUCGACGCCUAAUCAGAGGCGCCAAACGACAGUACCCGCGGUGGGAAGCUCGAGGAUACUGAGGCUGUUCGGGGUGAACUUGGAGUGCCAGCCUGAAGAAUCCGAGCCAUCCACACCUGACGGCUCUCCUUUGUCGAACCAGGGUCCAGCCUUCCAACAUUCUUAUAAUUACGGCCUGCAUCAACCUGCUUAUUCUAGUUCCGAUCCUCGUCACAGUCCCAUGGAUAUCACUUUCUCCCGAGAUGCCAACCAGAUCAUGAGAAAUCACCGCGGAUAAAGAUCUGUGGAUGUGACGCUCUGAAGUUGGUCUGAUUUAUUUUCAUCUACUUGAAGCGUCCCAAAAUAUAUAGGGAUAAAAAUAUAUCUAUAAAAAUUGAAAAAAAAAAUCCGAGAUUUUCAGGCCAAUUACUACUUACUAUUCGAGGCAAAGGUAAGGGGGGGGGGGGGGGAACCAAAGGAAGGUGGGAGUCGUGGGAAAAAGAGACUGCAGAAUGCCAGAUAGCUAGGGACGAAGGGAUGGGGGAGUAAUUGGGACCCACGGAAAAAAGCUGGGUUUUGGUGACGUCGCCCAUUGCCAAAUAGGAAAUUUGGGUCGUUGAAAAUCAGGAAAUGAGGAAUCUAUUUUCCACUGUUGAGAUUCUGCCUGAAGAUUUUUCAGAAGGGUUCAUCAUAAUAAUGGAAGGGUAUGGUGCUGGUAAUGGUGGUGUGGUGUGGUGGGGUGGGGUGGGUGGAUGGACGGACUUGAAUAGAUUGGUGACAGCCCAGUCGUACUAGACCACUCUUCUGUCUUUGUAUCUGUCUUUAAUUAUGUCUAUCUCCAAAUGUAGCUAAAAGCUGUCUUUGGUGCUCUCCUGGAAUCUGCAUAGUAGUGAGAAGCUGAGAAGGAGAGCAUAUUUUUUUCGUUCACGAAAAUUUUUGUUCAACUUGCAAAGUCAGAAGGCUAAAUUUUUCCAAAACACCAUGUGGGCAUGAUGUUGAUUGGGGGUUGGUAUUCUUCAUUGUCUUCUGCGUUCAAAUAUGUGGAUGGAAAGGGCUGAGAUCGAAAUGAAAAGGAAAACGAUUUGUAAUGCAUGUGGGAAAGGGGGAAAAAAAAAAGAUCAUCUAAGGGAAAGUAACUAAUAGACAACAACGAGGUAAAUGAGAGUGGAAGGUAUCGUACUAAUUUAAGUGCAGGCCCUAAUGGGACUGUCUUAUUGUUAACAGGGGCAAACAGAAUGUUCCGCCAAUCAUGGCUUUAAAUCACCAGAAGCCAAAGCUGACUUUUGUUUUCAAUAACUCAAUGAAACAAACCUCUGUGCUUUGUGCUUAUAUCCCUUGGAGACAAAUGAGGAAUCUGGUUAGAAACUGUGUCAAAAUGGAGAUAUGAAACAACCCAGCAAAGAACACCGAUGUAAUUGGAUUUUAUAUUACUGGUAUGAAAUAAGUUUACA